CUAUUAAACAAGUUUUUGUUGUUAUUUAAAUAAAAAACGAUACACACAAGUUAUUUAUCUCAAAAGUUGCAUAAAUCAGAUUUGAAAAAUAUGACUAAUUCAGUUUUAAAUCUAUAUUUUAGGUAGCUCUGAAUCACAUCUGACUAGCGCUGAUUAUGGCGCUGAACAGAGAUGUAAGUCUCUAUUGUUUCGAAAUUUGGCUGAGCUCACAAAGUGAACGACUUAUAUCUUCACCCAAGCUCGAUUGGGCAUUAUAACGUUCCAACACACAAAUAAAUGAUCAUUUUACCCAAGAGCGGACACGUUAUGGCGUCCCGUAGAUGAGUUAUGGAAGAAACAACUAAAGAGACAGAACAGAAAAGGGAUACCGAGGAUGAUGCCGAGAACGCGCGAAUAGAACGCACCAGACGAAGAGACGAAAGAAGAGGGAUAUGUCGUUGCGGUGAAAGAAGAUCCCGAUCGAGAAGAAGAAGAAGAAGACGAAGAAUUAUUUCUCGGAAUCCUUUCAUUAUCUUCUUUCUCGAGAUGUACUUUCAGACACCCGACAAACACGUGACAGAAGUCGCUCGACAAGCCGGCAAGGAAUGGUGUGCCAUGCGCGAGGAAGAUAAAAUGAAGUAUAAACGUCUGGCAGAAAGAGAACGAAAAAGACGCGGGUCGACGAGAAGAAGACGCAGAGGCUGUCCUUAGCGAAAUGAAAUUUCUGAUUGCUGCUAAACGCUCCAGAUAAAAUACAGUCGAAAAGGAUAUCAUAUAAAAAAAUAUGAAAAAUAACGCUUGAGCAAACAGCAAAGGAAAAUGUAUUCAAAACUUUCAUCCCCGUUGAUAUUUCGUCUUAGAAUUUUUAUUUUACUUUAAGAGUGUAGCACGAGAUAUUAUUAUCUCGAAUAACACAUAUCAUGUGUAUCUUUGAUAUGUAAUAUUUCGAAAUUUUUAAGUUUUUGAGUUUUGGAUGAAA